GAACUUCGAUUAGCAAGAACACUUUUAUACACGUUAUUUGAAAGUACACGUCUGAGAAAUCUGACUGCACUGUGCACAGUCUAGUCCACCUUAAGAGCCUGUGUGGUGACAUCAGACAGCGGCAAUAAGAUAAAUAGGGUCAGGCGGCUUCUCCCUGUAGCAUAAAUGGAAUACCCUGCAGAGAGAAUGGAGCUGUAUUCUAUCUCCUCUAAAAGCCUUGAUGGCUAUAUUGGUAAGAACCUCCACCCCAGCAAGGAGUUUCAAGAGAAUGUCUGUGAUGCUGUCAACAAAAUUUGUUCUUUCCUGAAAGAAAACUGUAAACUGGACAAGGAUACCAGCGUGAUCAAGACAAUAAAGGCUGGCUCCACAGGAAAAGGAACAACUCUGGAUAUGAGUUCAGAUGUUGAUCUGGUUAUCUUCUUCAGCUGCUUCUCCAGCUUCCAGGACCAAGUAGAGAAGCGUGAACGUGUGAUCGAGGAAAUUGAAAAGAAUUUUAAUAGUAUCCAGACGAUUGCUUUCAAAGUUGACAUCUCACCGAGGAAGAAGGGAACACGCUCACUCCAACUCCAAAUCCAGGCGAAAAAUAAGACAGAGCUGGUAGAAGUGGACCUCCUCCCAGCAUAUGAUGUUUUAGGCCAAAUAACUUUUACAUAUGUGCCACCUACAAAGAUUUAUAUCGAACUGAUUGAAGCCAACGGACAGCCAGGGGAGUUCAAUACUUCCUUCACGGAGCUGCAGAGGAAUUUUGUGAAACGUUGUCCAGCAAAGCUCAAAGAUCUGCUACGGCUGGUCAAGCAUUGGUACAAAGAAAUCAAGCAAUCCAGCAUGUCCUUCAAAUUGCCUCCAAAAUUUGCUCUGGAAUUACUUACCAUUUAUGCUUGGGAAGAAGGAACAAGGAAAGAACAACAAUUCAACACAGCAGAAGGAUUUUGCACAGUGAUGAAAUUGAUCACUCGGUACCAGGAUCUCUGCCUCUAUUGGACUAAGUACUACAGUCUUGAUAAUUCCAAAGUAGGGCUCCAUGUGAAAGGAAAAUUGAAGGAGUCACGUCCUGUGAUUAUCGAUCCAGCAGAUCCGACAGCAAAUGUUGCCAAAGCCAACAUGGAAGCUUGGGAUCUAUUGGCCCAGAAAGCUUCUCAUUGCUUGACACAGUCUUGUUGCAUGAAGGAUGACCAACCUAUCAAACCCUGGAACGUGCAGGUGGGGAAUCAGGUGUGA